UCCAGUCCAAAUAAACGUCUGGACGGAUCGCGCUUUGGAGUUGGCCUGAUAUCCAGCACACAAGCAAAAAGAAGAGUCGCUGCUUCCUUUUCCCCAUUUCAACACUCCCAACCCCCGAAGCCCUCCUCUCCUUGCCGCCGGAGCGGAGCGGCUCCCAGGCCUGGAAUUUUGCUGUGGUUCACCCAAGAUAUUGUAUUGGCUCUUAUCUCCUUGCUUGUUUGCCUUUGAUCUUUCUGGCUUAGGACAUUUUCACCCUUGAAAGAAGUCAACCAGUGAAAAUCCAUAGUACCAUGGCAGAGGGGAUUGUCGGCCUGCUGAUUCUGAAGCUUGGUUCAGCCUUGGCCAUAGAAGCAGUCAAGGUUGGUACAGGGAAGCUAUGCCGUCAAGCUAAAGCUUCUUCUGUUGUCAGGCUGUUUGGUCAGAUCCGUGAUAUCAAGGAGGAGCUGGAAAGCAUGCAGUCGUUUCUACAAGAAGCCGAGAGGUUCAAGGACACCGACAAUACCACUGCCAGCUUCAUCAACAAGAUCCGAGGCCUUGCUUUCGAGAUCGAGGAUGUUGUUGACGAGUUCACAUAUAAGUUAGAGGACAAACAUGGUGGCUUUUCUGUGAAGAUCAAGCGGCGGUUUAAGCGAAUCAGGACCUGGCGCCGUCUGUCACUGAAACUGAGAGACAUCAAACUGAAAUUAGAGAAUGUUGAUAGGAGAAAGGCCCGGUAUGACAUGAGAGGAAUUGCAAUAGAAGCUAGAAACAGUGAUGCUCAUUGCAGAUCUACAGAUCAGACUUCAUACUUCCCAAUAGAAGAAAAUCUUGUUGGCAUUGAUGAGAGUAAGAAUUUGCUGAUUGAUUGGUUGACAAGUGAUUUGCAACAGGAGAAUGUAAUUAGCACAGUGUGGGGGAUGGGAGGAGUAGGCAAGACCACUUUGGUUGCCCAUGUUUACAACACUCUGAAGAUAGACUUCGACUGUGCUGCAUGGAUAACUGUAUCAAAAGCAUACCAGGUUCAGGACUUGUUAAAGCAGAUUAUCAGGGAGUUACAGAAGAGUGACUUAAAGGGUGAACUUCGCGUUGAUAUUGUUGACAUGAAAAAGAGAAGCCUAGUUGAGAUCAUCCGUGAUUUCUUGCGUGGCAAGAAGUAUCUUCUGGUUCUAGAUGAUGUCUGGGGUAUUGACAUCUGGUUCAAGAUAAGAGAUGCUUUCCCUACUAACAGCACCAGUCGGUUUGUAAUCACGUCGAGAAUCCAUGAUGUAGCGUUGCUCGCUACUGGAAAUUGCAUGGUUGAAUUGAAACCACUAGAAGAGCACCACUCAUGGGAAUUGUUCUGUAAAGAGGCGUUUUGGAAAAACGAAAACAGAAUAUGUCCGGAGGAGCUACAAUCUUUGGCACAAAGAUUUGUGGACAAGUGUAAUGGCUUGCCCAUUGCCAUUGCAUGCAUAGGUCGUUUACUGUCCUGCAAAAGCCAAACUCAUUCUGAAUGGGAAAAGUUGUACAAGGAAUUAGAAGUGCAGUUGACAAACAAUGCGAUUCUUGAUGUCAAUAUAGUUCUAAUGGUCAGUUUGGGGGAUCUUCCAUAUAUUUUGAAGAACUGCUUUCUUCAUUGUAUUGUAUUUCCAGAGGAUUAUUUGAUCAAAAGGAAGAGACUGAUUAGGCAUUGGGUGACAGCAGGGUUCAUCAGGGGAACAGAGCACAAAACAAUGGAGGAAGUGGCAGAGGGCUAUUUGUACGAACUUGUAAAUCGAAGCCUAUUGCAGGUAGUUGAGAGGAAUGAAAGUGGACGUGUGCGGAGUUGUCGAAUGCAUGAUAUCAUUCGCCUUCUUGCUCUGGCUAAAUCAAACGAGGAAAGAUUCUGUAGGGUUUAUGAUGGCUCAGGGAGUUCUUCAGCAGAAAAUACACGCCGCCUAUCAAUCCAAAGUGCCAAUAUUGAGCAGUUGACUCUUUCAAGUGAAGUUCAGCUCCGUUCAAUAUAUGUUUUUGAGACUGGUCUGAUAGUUGAUUCACUAAGGUCUUUCUUGAAAUCUUUCAAGUUGCUAUCAACUUUAGAUCUACAAGGUUCCAAAAUUAGGAGGCUACCAAAUGAGGUUUUCAACAUGUUUAAUCUGCGGUUUCUGGGUCUUAGAGAUACUGAGGUUGAGGAUAUUCCGAGAACAGUUGGAAGACUACAGAAAUUGGAAGUUUUGGAUGCAUACAAUGCUAAGCUGUUGAGUUUACCAGAGAGUGUGGCGACACUCAGGAAGUUGAGAUAUCUAUAUGUAGCUACUGAUCCAAAGACAAAUAGUAAAGGAGUUGUUGCCUGGACUGGAAUCCAGGUGCCUAACGGCAUAAGGCACUUGACAGACUUGCAAGCCUUGCAACUUGUUGAGGCAAGCUCAGAGACUUUGUGUCAUCUUGGUGCUUUGACGGAGUUGAGAACUCUGUCCAUCACCAAAGUGCAGAGAGACCAUUGUGCUGAUUUGUGCAAUGCUAUCAUGAAUAUGACCCAUCUUGUUAGUCUUGCAAUUAUGGCUAUAAAUGAGAAAGAAACACUGGAACUGGAAGAGCUUUGCUUACCCCCUACGCUCUCGAAGCUUGAAAUAGGAGGGCAACUAGAUAAGAAGCGGAUGCCUCAGAUUGUCUCGUCCUUCUCAGACCAUGAAAACAUUACCUUGUUGGCCUUGGCCUUCUCCAAACUUGAUGAAGACUCAUUUUCAUGCCUGUUGGUGUUACAUGGUCUACGUGCACUUUGGCUUGAUAAGGCCUAUGAAGGGAAGAGGCUGCACUUCAAUGCCAUGGCAUUUCCAAAACUGCGACUGCUAUCAAUCUCAGAUGCACCGCAGCUCAAUGAUGUUGUAGUAGAAGAAAGUGCAUUGCAAAGCCUUGUUGACCUAUCUCUCACAGAUUGUCCAGAGCUAAAGGUCCUCCCUGAUGGCAUUGAGCAUCUUAGAACACUAGAGAAAUUAUAUCUGCGAGGAGUCUCCAAAGAUCUCACAAAGAAGCUUCAGAACAAAGAAACAACAAAUGAGUGCAAUGAUUAUCUUAAGAAGAUCAAUCACGUCCGAAGGGUAACUGUUUAUCCAUGAAGCACUUGGGGUAUGAUCCAGUGUUCCAGUAUAUAUCGUCAACUCAAGUACUUCUGAUCUCUCGCUCAAACUGAAACUUUCACUUGUCUUCUAGCAUGAGAGAUCAAUGAUGCUUGAGAGAUGGCCAUGUGGUAACCUGCAGCCCUCCUGAAUAGUUCGGAGAAAAAAGGAGGCGGCUCUAUAGAAGAGAAUUGGCAAGGAAAGAGGAGAAGCUUAUUCAGUUUUGUUGGUCCAGAUGUUGAAAAUGCACAACACAUCAAAUGGAUGGCUCAGGAGCUGAGCAACAACAUAUGUAUCUAAUUACUCUGCGAUGCAAGGCACCGAGGAGGAUCAGUUGGUACUCAAGAAACAGAGGAGCUCGACACCGACCUGGAGAAACUCUAUGUAGCAGGCUGCGCGGGAGAGAUGGCCGAACUGUUGGUCUCGGCCAGUUGAUCGUAAGCAAGGCUUCCAUUGCCUUGAUGAAAGCUGAUGAUCGUACAGCGUGAUGAUAAACGACCUCGUGUGCUAGCAACAGAAGCUAGCUGGACAUUCUCAGAAAUCACCAGCAGCUGUAGCACCGCGGUAUGAAAGUGUAUGUGCCAGCCGCAGCUCUCUGAUUGACAACUGUUUUGGCUGCUUGCUGCUAGUCAUACCAGUAGCACGUAUGGGGUGCAAAAACUUGGCAUCGGCAUAUUGGACUGCUAAGGAAAACCUCAAAUUACGGCUGCAAAUCUGAUUGGCGGAUGCGGCAAAUGCACCCAAAAAUAUUUGCUAGAAGCUUGAUUGUUUCUUCCAAAAUGUGAAGAACGAUCGUCAUAAAGUACACAUGCAACUGUGUAUGUAUUAGAAUAAAGACGAAAGAAAUGAACAAUUGGGCAACCUGCUCUUUUUUUUUAGAAAUCACAGGAGGUGGAGUCCCUUCACUUGAAUAUAUUACUCAAAGUGGCCCAUA